AUGGCUUCCCCUCAAGGUUACCCUCUUCUGUGUCUGGAGAACCCUCUCCUCGACAUCCAGGCCCGUGCCGAUGCUUCUCUCCUCGAGAAGUAUGGAUUGAAGGCUAACGAUGCUAUCCUCGCUGAGGAGCAGCACAUGGGUCUCUACGAUGAGCUCAUGAAGCUGGAUGCUAAGCUCAUCCCCGGUGGUGCUGCCCAGAACACUGCCCGUGGUGCCCAGUACCUUCUCCCCGAUAACUCUACCCUCUACAUUGGUUGCGUCGGCAAGGACCAGUACGGUGACAUCCUCAAGAAGACCUGUGAGGAGGCCGGUGUUCACACCGAGUACCGUGUGGACGAGACCCAGCCCACCGGCAAGUGCGGUGCCGUCAUCACUGGCCACAACCGCAGCCUGUGCACCCACCUCGCUGCCGCCAACGAGUACAAGCUGGAGCACCUGAAGCAGCCUGAGAUCUGGAGCCUCGUCGAGAAGGCCCAGUUCUACUUCGUCGGUGGCUUCCACCUGACAGUCUGUGUCCCUGCCAUCCUGGCCCUUGCUGAGGAGGCCGCUGCCAAGAACAAGCCCUUCAUGCUCUCUCUUUCCGCUCCUUUCAUUCCCCAGUUCUUCAAGGAGCAGCUGGACUCCGUCCUUCCUUUCACUGACUACACCGUCUGCAACGAGACUGAGGCUCGUGCCUACUCCGAGAGCCACCAAUGGGGCACCGAGGAUGUCGUCGAGAUCGCCAAGAAGCUCGCUCUUCUGCCCAAGAAGAACACCCAGCGUGGUCGUAUCUCCAUCGUCACCCAGGGUACUGACCCCACUGUCAUUGCCGUUGCCUCUGCUAGCGGUGAUGUCGAGAUCAAGACCUUCCCCGUCCACGAGCUCUCCAAGGACGCCAUCAACGACACCAACGGUGCUGGUGAUGCCUUUGCCGGUGGUUUCGUCGCCGGUCUUGUCGCCGGCAAGUCCCUGGAGGACUCCGUUGACAUGGGUCAGUGGCUCGCUGCUAAGAGCAUUCAAGAGCUUGGUCCUUCUUACCCCUACCCUAAGCAGGCUUACUCCCGCUCAUAG